AUGGACUGGAAGACGCUGCAGGGCCUGCUGAGCGGGGUGAACAAGUACUCCACGGCCUUCGGGCGCAUCUGGCUCUCCGUGGUCUUCGUCUUCCGGGUGCUGGUCUACGUGGUGGCGGCGGAGCGCGUGUGGGGGGACGAGCAGAAGGACUUUGACUGCAACACCAAGCAGCCUGGCUGCACCAAUGUCUGCUACGACCACUACUUCCCCAUCUCCCACAUCCGCCUCUGGGCCCUGCAGCUCAUCUUCGUCACCUGCCCCUCCCUGCUGGUGAUCAUGCACGUGGCCUACCGGGAAGACCGGGAGAAGAAGAACCGGGAGAAGAACGGUGAGGACUGCCCCAAGCUCUAUCGCAACACAGGCAAGAAACACGGCGGGCUGUGGUGGACCUACCUGCUGACCCUCUUCUUCAAGCUGACCAUCGAGAUCAGCUUCCUCUACAUCCUCCACAAGAUGUGGGAUAGCUUUGACUUACCGCGCCUGGUCAAGUGCGCCAACCUGGACCCCUGCCCCAACAUUGUGGACUGCUACAUUGCCCGGCCCACCGAGAAAAAGGUAUUCACCUACUUCAUGGUGGGGGCCUCCGCCAUCUGCAUUGUCCUCACCGUCUGCGAGAUCUUCUACCUCAUCUUCAAGCGGGCCGUCCGGAGCCUACACAAAUGGAAGAAGAACUCCAAGCACUUGGUCAGCUACAACAAGGCUUCCACCUGCCAGUGCCACCUCAAGCUGGAGCAGCAGGAUGGCAAGGCCAAGAACAAGCCUUUGGAUGCCCUCCGGGCCUCCGCUCCCAACUUGACUCUGAUCUGA